AUGAAGUCCAUCCACACAGUCUUGCUCGCGGCUGUCAGCCUCGCAUGCUCAGCUCUGGGCGAUGCUGUCCCGUUCGAAAGGCUCAACAAGAAUGACUCGAUGCUCCUGAUCCUCGACAUGCAGGAGGGUCUCUAUGGUCUCGCUCGUGACUUUGACCCCACGCUCUACCGCGACUCCAUCAUUGCGCACGCGGCUAUUGGCCAGGUAUUCGACAUCCCCGUGGUCAUGACGACGUCGGCCCAGACAGGUCCCAACGGCCCUCUUCCUCAAGAGAUUUUGGACAUGUAUCCAGAUGCCCCGCUGAUCCAGCGCCAAGGCGAGGUUGACGCCUGGGAUAAUGCCGAUUUUCGUGCUGCUGUGCAGGCGGCCAACAAGUCGCAGAUCAUCAUGGCUGGUAUCGUUACUGACGUCUGCACAACUUUCCUCGCGCUCUCUCUCCGUGCAGAGGGCUACUCCGUCUGGGCCAACGUGGAGGCCUCGGGCACCACCACUCCGCUGAUCCGCGACAUCUCCAACGACCGCAUGGAAAAGGCCGGCGUGAGCCUCGUCUCGCUGUUUUCCAUCAUCUGCGACCUCAUGCGCGACUGGCGGGACACGCCCGGCUCCGCGACGCUGAUUCCCUGGCUCGACAAGUAUUACCCUGCGUACGGGAUGGUGGCGAGGGCACAUCAUGCCGCGAUCGAGAAUGGAACUUUGGUUCCGGGAGAGGCUUCGCUGCCGAGCUAG